GCGCAAUGUAGGAAAAGCUGCCAAGAAUUGCGAGACGGUAUGAGAUGUGAGAGCAAGUGAAUUGCAGAAGUACAACGGGGGACUCAUUGGAGGCUGGGCACAUUAUUCACGGCCUGCACGCGGAUACUUGGCCCAUCCUCCUCGCCGGGACGGGAUAUGCAUCGAGGGCGUGGCAUGGGGCCGUGCUGCAUGUGUAAAGCCCACGCAGAUACAUUGAAAGCCUGAUCAGAAUUGCAUGGAAAACAAAGCCGAGGCGCAAGGCCGAUAAUCAGAGCAGGCACAACAGAAGCGAUAAGGGCUUGGGGUAAUUAAUACACAUUUGCGGGCUCUAUUACAAGUGGGCGUGGCAAUGGGCCCGAUCAGGCGCCGCCUGGCCGCCGCGCUGACUCUGACCAUGCUAAUUAGCUUCUGGCCGGCCGGCAGCCAUGGGGCAGCCGCCAUUGAGUGCGCCGAGUGGCUCAGCGCCAGCGAGUGCAACAAUGGCACUGCCCUCAACAAGAACAACAACAACAACGACAACAACAAUCAGAUGGGAAACAACAGCAGCAACUAUAUGCUUGGCAGCUCGGCACUGGACCACCUAAACAGUUCAAUGCAUCCGGACAAUCUGCUGGAAAUGGAUUUGGAGCGAGACGGCGAGAUUUGGCCACUGGAGCGUGUUGUGUCCAUCAUUGUGCCGGUGUUUUUUGGCAUCAUUGGCUUCGCCGGACUCCUGGGCAAUGCGCUCGUCAUAUUGGUGGUGGUCGUUAACCAACAAAUGCGCUCGACCACAAACCUAUUGAUUAUAAACCUGGCCGUCUCGGACAUACUCUUCGUCAUCUUCUGCGUGCCGUUCACGGCCACCGACUAUGUGCUGCCGGAAUGGCCGUUUGGCAAUUUGUGGUGCAAAUUUGUGCAGUACAUGAUUGUGGUCACAUGCCAUUGCAGCGUCUACACACUCGUCCUGAUGUCCUUCGAUCGUUUCCUGGCCGUCGUGCAUCCCGUCACCAGCAUGUCCCUACGCACCGAACGCAAUGCCACGCUCGCCAUUAUGUGUGCCUGGAUAACGAUUGUGACAACUGCUAUACCCGUUGCUUUGGCCCAUUCGGUGAGGAUCUACCAGUAUCAUGGACGCGCUGGCACCGCCUGUGUAUUCUCCACCGAGGAGGAGGUCUGGAGUCUGGUUGGCUUUCAGGUAAGUCAAGCGAUUGAUUGCACGCUUUGUGGCCUCUAAUCUGGCUGUCGUUCGUACCGUUCCGACUCGACUCUCCGCCCCUACCCACACCGUUCGAGCCGGCUCUCUGAUUAAUGUUGCCACAUUAUUCA